GUGAGUAGUUGUAGCUUAUUCUAUCUCUUCUUUUGGGAUUCCCCUUCUCUCUCUCUCUCUCUUUCUUCCAGAGCUUUUAAUUCAUUCCUUCCUUCCUGUCUGCUCUGUUCCUCUCGACAUUAUCAAAUCGUUAAUUCAAAUUCUAUUCGAAUCCUUGAGAAGGGGGGAAAAGCAGGUAUAGUUAUGGUCGUGUCCCUGGUGGGAUCGGAGCGGAUCAAUUGGGAUCUUCAUCAUCAUGUUCUUGGCCAUCUUCUCGAAGAGUAAUGGAAGGAGAAAGGCGGUAUGAGGGUCUGGUCUAUUCUCAAUCUCACUGGGAUCUCAUGAAUUGUGGUUUAUUGGUGACUGGAUUCUAUUGCUGGGGUUGGGAAUUCUUGACUGCUCUCCUCCUUUUCUAUUCUCCUUCCUCCUAAUCAUCUUUCGCCUUUCAUCUCUCUCUCUCUCUCUGUUGUGUUCUUGCUUGUAGUAGCUCUUUCGUCUUUUUUUUUUUGGGUUUUCUGUUAUUUUGAAAUUGGAAUUUCGGGAAUAAGAGAAGAUGGCGCAGAGAUGCGUGCCGGCACCGUUCCUGACGAAGACGUAUCAGUUGGUGGAGGAUUCCGGCACCGACCACGUCAUCUCAUGGAACGACACCGGCACUACCUUCAUCGUCUGGAAGCCUGCUGAUUUCGCUAAGGAUUUGCUCCCUAAGUAUUUCAAGCACAACAACUUCUCCAGCUUCGUUCGUCAACUAAACACUUACGGGUUCAGAAAGAUAGUGCCUGAGAGAUGGGAAUUCGUGAAUGAGUUUUUCAAGAGAGGAGAGAAAGAGCUCCUUUGCGAAAUCAACCGUCGAAAGCCGGUCCCCACACCGAUCCACGUUGGAAAGUCCAAUGCCAAUGGCAAUAGUGGAGGAGGAAUCUCGUCCCAGACAAAUUCAGGUGAGGACAUGGGGUCCACGUCGACCUUACCUCCUGGGUCAAGGAACCAGGCAUCAGACGAGAACGAGAAGCUGAGGAAAGACAACCAGAAGCUGAGCGCUGAGCUUGCCCAGACGAAGCAACAAUGCGAGGAGUUGAUGACUUUCCUAUCACGCUACCUCAAGGUAGGACCCGAGCAGAUCAACCGCAUCAUGUCGCAAGGGAACCUUGGGCCCAGCGGUGAUCCAUCGGUCGAGAUCUUCCAUGAUGGUGACAAUAAUGAUGAUGAUGAAAAUGUAGGAGGAGAAGAAGAAGGAGAGGAGGUGAAACUGUUUGGUGUGUGUUUGAGGACAAAAGGUGAAGGAGGGAUCAAUAAGAGGCACCGUGGUCCAGAAGCGUGGGCCGUGGAUGUGGGUGGGCCACCACCUAUGAAGGAGAUGAAGGUGGCAAGGGAUUUUGAGGUGCCUUGGAUGAAGAUUUCUUCUUCACCAGCCGAGAUCAGCAAGGUCUGCAACUGAGACUGAGUGGUGCUGGUGCUGGUGCUGGCGCUGGUGCUGCAGGCAAAUGGGUGGUGCGUUGUACCGUAAGGCCAAGCACACACACCCUGCACUGUACAUUUGAUAGGGAAGCAGGUUUUGAAAAGGUUAGUGUUUCGUUUAAAUAUUCCAAGGAUGAUAAGAAGUCUUAGGAGACUUACGUGGGUUUUUCUGGUCUUAUCUUUAAAGUCUUUGAAUUAGUUGGUGACGAUGGUAAAGUAGAGUCAGGGAGACCCAAAAAGCAAAAAGGAGUUUCUAUCGAUCCACUCUCAGCCGCGUCUGUUCAUUGUUUCUUCUAAUAGAAAAGUAUAUAUAGAUCUUCCUAGCUAGUUCAUAUACUGUUUUUUUUUUUUUUUUUCCAGUCAAUAUUAUGGGGGAAUUGGUAAUGAUAAUGUAAAGGAUCUUGAUGAGGAAUCUCUCUCUCUCUCUCUCUCUCUCUCUCUCUCUCUCUCUCUAUGUACUUGCACUUUCCUUCUUGUUAUUUUUACUAUGUAUUAAUCAUCACUGGAAUAUAUGAAUGGCUUAAAUAUUU